AUGGACGCUCGCUUUGGACAAGUGCCGCUCACUAUCGCGCACAGUAAGUAGGGAUGUCUGUUCCUAAACCUCUGGAUUUCCACCAGUGUCGUGAAAUCUGUUAACAUCGGGAUCAUGUUGACUUUGGUAAUAAGCAGUCUUUCAUCUGUUUCGGAUCAGGAGGGUUGAACCAGCUCGGCGGUAUGUUCAUUAACGGGCGCCCGUUACCGCACGCGGUGAGACAGCACAUCGUGGAACUCUCGGAGCGGGGCGUGCGUCCCUGUGAGAUCUCCCGCCGCCUGCGCGUGAGUCACGGCUGUGUCAGCAAGAUACUGACCAGGUAUGAUGAUAUACUCCCUUUCCUUAAAGUUUUUUGUUUGUUAGUUUUUAGAAUUUAUCUUUAAUACCUGGUUAUCAUGCUCCUAAAUUAGUGAGGAUGUUCUGUGACUUUCAAACAAUAAUAUCCUUAUUUACUAUUUUUUUUUUAUUUAUUUCCUCAUUUUUCUUUUUCUUAAAUUUAAUUGUUGUUGUUAUGGUUGUUUGUUUUCCUGCAUGUUAUUUGGAUAUAAACUAAAGUUUUGUUUUGGAAUUUAGGGCAGACAACGGAUGCAAGAAGUAUGCUUACAUAUAUAUAUUGUCAAUGUCUGAUUCUGAAUGUCAAUAAAAAAUAAAUUACAAAUAAAAGUGAAGAAAAAUAAAACAACAAAAAAAGAAAAGAAAAAUUUCCUGUAAAAUUUACAAGGAAUGUCCCUGUUGUAAAUUCAGGUUCAAUGAGACAGGAAGCAUUCAACCAGGAGCAAUUGGAGGCUCUAAACCCAAAGUGGCCACACCCAGAGUUGUGCAGAUGAUCCUGCAUAUGAAGCGCUCCAACCCGACCAUGUUUGCCUGGGAGAUCAGAGACAAGUUGCUGUUGGAGCGAGUGUGUGAUCAGGACAGUGUACCCAGCAUCAGCUCCAUCAACAGGUAUGGAUGACUUUUGGAGUAUGGACCUGGUGUUUGUGAUUUACAGAACAGAUGAGUCUCCUCUGUCUUUACAGGAUCAUCAGAAACAAAGUCCAGUCACAGUCAUGUAAAACUGGUAAGUUUUUAGUCUUUUUUUUCUAUUUCUGUCUGAUGUUUCAUCAUACUGAGCUCUGGCAUAACAUUGUCAUCAGCAUCAUCAGCUGCCAGGAAACCAGCUCAUUCUUCCAAGUCAACUCACUCCAUUGGUGGACUUCUGGAAUUAAUGAAAAGUAGUGGCAAAUAUAAAGAAGGUAAUUAAGUCUGUGAGUAUAAAUGUGAUUUUUUUUUCAAUAAUCUGUUUAUGAUUAUGUUAGGAUAUGUAGACCAAAGAAAUAUUAUGAGUCACAGUCAAAACCGCAAAGGUAAAUGAUAAAAUAGAUUUGCAAUUGAGAAACUAAAUGUUUCCUGUGGAUUACAAGUCAGAUAGACGAGGACAUAAGCAUGUUUGGACACAGUAACUUUAUAGUUUUCACAAAGUGGGCAUUUAUAGGCUUGACUUCAUGUGGACUUUAUGUGUUCAGUCAUUCGCAGGGUAACUUUAUCUCUGUUUUUAAAAAUCAGUUUCACGUGUAAUAUUUUUUGUUUGUUAUACCAAACCAACAAACACAUAAAUACUCAGAAAACUUCAGUUUCCUAAUUUGAGAACCAAACUCUGACCAUUACACUGGAUUAGAUGUAUUGUAAUGAUGGAUGUAUUUGUGGGGCAGGUGCAGGGGUCUCAUAAGUAGUUUUAAAACCUCACAGCAGACUGAUGUUUAAAGCAGGUGGUCUUGUGUUAAUAUCCUUCUGGCUCAAACAACCUACGCAGCAGGAGAUCCACCUCUGCGCCUCGGGCUUCUGUCCUCCUCCCUGCCUCCUUCUCACCUCAGCCUCUCAUUACAAGCCAGCUUACACCCUCACUCCUCCAUCACUGUGACUGUUAGAAAAUGAGACUGUACGGAUAAAUGUGUACUUUGAGUUUUGUAUUUUAUCAUUGUAAUUAGAACAAGUGAGGACUGCAGUGAGGGGGAUAGAUGUAGGAAAAUGGACCCAGACAAAAGCUGUGUUGUUUUUUAGGUGGCGAUGUCCCUUGCUGCAUCCCCAGAAACCGGCCAUGUUCCUUUAAUGAUGCCUUUGAGUGGUCUGACCCCUGCCUAAUGCCUCUCUCCAGCCUGACCUUUUACCCCAGCCUGCCUGCUUAUAACAAUCAAACCCUUUAA